GUCUAUGGAAUUUUCUAUGCCACAUCCUUCCUGGAGCUGUACAGGAGCCCUCACAACACCACCACCACCUCCCACAACAUCACGGUGCUGGUGCAGCGGGACGAGCAGUACCUGUUCCUGGUGCGGGUGAUGUCUCCCUACCAAGGGCCACCGUCUGACUCUGUGGUGGUGAAGAUGAUCCCUGACAAUCGCCUGCCCCCGCGGCACCUCCACUCGGUGCACACCGGGAAAACCUUCGCGGUCAUUAAGUGGGAAUCGCCCUACGACUCACCCGACCAGGACAUGCUAUAUGCUGUUGCAGUCAAAGAUUUAGUAAGAAAAACAGAUAAGAUCUACAAAGUGAAAACCAGGAACAGCACGGUGGAGUACACCAUUAAGAAACUGGAACCAGGAGGGAAAUACCAUGUCAUUGUUCAGCUGGGAAACAUGAGCAAAGAAUCCAGCAUGAAGAUCAACACAGUUCCACUGUCUGCACCAGAUGCCUUAAAAAUCAUAACAGAAAAUGACCAUAUUCUGCUUUUCUGGAAGAGUUUGGCAUUAAAGGAGAGUAAUUUCAACGAGAGCAGGGGUUAUGAGAUUCACAUGUUUGACAGCUUGAUGAACAUCACAGCUUAUCUGGGGAACACCACAGAAAACUUCUUCAAAGUUUCCAACCUGAAGAUAGGUCACAACUAUUCAUUCACUGUCCAGGCCAGGUGUCUGUACAGUGGGCAGAUGUGUGGUGAGCCAGCCACGCUGCUCUAUGACGAGCUAGGAACUGGUGAAGACUCGUCUGCAGCAAAAUCUGGCAGAUCCACAGAUGUUGCUGCUAUCGUGGUGCCAGUGCUGUUCCUGCUGCUGGUGACCCUGGGGAUUGGCUUUGUGGUGCUGUACAUGAGGCACAGGAGGCUGCAGAACAGCUUCACAGCCUUUGCCAACAGCCACUACAGCUCCCGCCUGGGCUCAGCAAUAUUCUCUUCAGGAGAUGAUUUAG